GGAUAAUGAUCAAAACUGCUCAAAUCCCGAUUCAAUAUUGGUCACCCAUAUACAGAAAAACUUCCAUCUAUGUUCUAACCAUGGAGGGACUCGCCCUGCAAUCACUGACCCUCACAUCCAUUCCCUCCUCUUUAUCGCAAGGAUCGGUUUUGGAGAAACCUUCUGGUUGUGUCAGGGUUCUCAGACAUUCGGAUUUGAACAAGUACCCGUGUACCACAAAUGGCUCAAAGCUCAAAGCUCGCAGCAUCAGAGCUAAAGCUUCGGGUUCAACAACAUACAGUCCAAACGCGGCGGAGGCCGUUCCUGGGAAAACAGAUUCCAAGGACGACAACCUAGUUUUUGUUGCGGGUGCCACUGGUAGAGUUGGUUCACGAACUGUGAGGGAGCUCAUAAAGCUUGGCUUCCGAGUGAGAGCUGGGGUGAGAAAUGCUAAGAGAGCGGAAUCACUAGUUCAGAGUGUUAAACAAUUGAGACUUGAUGCUGCGGAUGCAAGAGAAGGGGGUCAACCUGUAGAAAUGCUUGAACUAGUGGAAUGUGAUUUGGAGAAAAAAGUUGGGAUUGCAUCAGCGUUAGGGAAUGCAUCAACCGUAAUAUGCUGCAUUGGUGCCAGUGAGAAGGAAGUUUUUGACAUCACUGGACCCUUUCGUAUAGAUUAUCUAGCCACCAAGAACCUAAUCGAUGCUGCAACUGUUGCUAAAGUAAAUCACUUCAUAUUCGUUUCUUCUUUGGGAACAAACAAAAUUGGCUUUCCUGCGGCUCUUCUCAAUUUGUUUUGGGGAGUUCUAAUUUGGAAAAGGAAGGCAGAAGAAGUAUUGAUAUCCAGUGAACUUCCAUACACAAUAGUGAGACCUGGAGGUAUGGAAAGGCCCACUGAUGCUUUCAAGGAAACUCAUAAUUUAACCCUUUCAACAGAAGAUACUUUAUUUGGCGGUCUGGUGUCAAACCUUCAGAUUGCAGAGCUCUUGGCAGUGAUGGCCAAGAAUCCUGAUCUUUCAUAUUGCAAAAUAGUGGAGGCAAUUGCUGAGACGACUGCACCACUGACUCCCAUGGAGGAACUUCUUGCAAAGAUACCUUCUCAACGUGCUUACAAUUAUCGACCCAAGAAACCAGAUAUUGCAGCUGUCACUGAUCCAGCACCCUCUGCUAGUGUUGUGGUAGAGGAACCCAGCAUUACUUCUCAGAAAGAAACUGCACAAUCAAAACCCGUGACUAAACAGCCACUUUCUCCUUAUACUGUUUAUGAGGAUUUGAAACCAGCAUCAUCCCCUUCUCCAGUGAAGCCUGAUACAGUGCCAAAACCUAGUGCUUCUGAUACUCCAAGUAGUAUUCAAGAAAAAAAUGUCAUUUCUCAGGCAUCCGCCGCAGCAGGACGUGUGGCGGAGUCUCGCUCUCCAUAUCCAGUGUAUGAGGAUUUAAAGCCUCCCACUUCACCAAGCCCAACACCAAGUAGUUCCAAUGAUAAACCUCUUGCUGCCUCUACAACGGAUUUUGCACCCCAAUCUCCAGAAGCUGAAAAAACUACAUCCAUCAGUUUUGCCGAACCUAGCCCUUCUGAGGAUUCAUAUUCUUCUAAUUCUCCUUACCCUGUAUAUCCUGACUUUAAGCCUCCUUCUUCACCAUCCCCACGGGCACCUAGUGUAUCACUCUUAUUGGUGCCUGAGAUUGAUUCAGGUAAUGGCCCAGCAGCUCAGCUUCCAGUAGCAGAUAAACCAAGGGAUGAGCAAAAUCUUCGUGAACCAAAGCCAAGACCACUUUCUCCUUAUACCAUGUAUGAGGACUUGAAGCCUCCUGCAUCACCGUCACCUUCCCCGAAGAAUCAUAUGAAUUAAAUACACAUGGAACCAGUUAAGGUUAUAGUUCAUGUGGUAUCCAACAAGGGCGUCAGAUUUGGGUACAAUAUGACUAUUUUAGGAAUAGAUGUCUCAUCGGUUCUGACUUAUAAUGAGGCUUGCAUGUUGUGAGGAACUAAAUUCAUUAUCGUGACAGAAUUGUUCCCUCAACAAGGAAAAUCAUGUUGGAUGAAUAAAAAGUUUAAGGAGGCACUGAAUUGAAGAGUGGAAGCAACAUGUAUGCUCAUUUCUUCGAGAAAUUAAGUUGUUAUUGGAUGAUUUUUUUUUUUUCUUGGCGGAAGAGAACGAGGAUUACUGUUUGUCAAUUUUACCAUCUUCAUGAAUAUAUAUUUAUCUUCAUCAAUCUUCAA